GGAGGCCAGUCGGGACACAGAAGUCAGUGCCCUGGCUCAGGAAGCUUCCUGCCGGGCCCCUGGUCGCAGCCAGCAGCUGGGGCGCAGGGCGGGUCGGGUCGCUGCGCGCCAGUGAGCCAAGGCGAGCACUAUUCCUGUCACUGUGAGCUACCGGCAUGUUAUGUGCAGCGCGCCCAAUCACGCUUCCAACCUUCUACGCUGACUGACCCGCGCUCCCCCCAAUGCCACAGGCUUUGAUUUGAUCCUCCUCUCAGAACAAGCUCACACCCAGCCCCCUAGCCAGUUGUCUUCGGACUGCGCGGGUGUCCACAGAACAGGUCCUUCUGCUCCAUGGCCGGGAAUUCAGAACCACCAUCCUGCACUCCGGGAGCACCCACAAUAGGGCCACAUCUACUCAUCUGUCCUGUUGGAGAUCCAGCACCCUCGCUGGUGCACUGUCAGAUUGACCUCUUCGGGUGAUGGUGCAGGCCACCGCCCCCCGUGGCGUGCAAGUGUGGGCUUCCCAAAUUGUGGAUGGGAAGAGGCUUUGGGCAACGCGCUGUCAUGCUUAGCAGCAGCUGAAGCCAAGCCUGGUAAGACCGAGAAGACUCGGAAAUCCACACCUUCUGCUAUUAGAGACUUCUGGAAAUUGUCUCUAGAGCAUUUGUUGUCUGAGACAGGCACGGAACAACUGCCAGAUCUGGAUGAAGGAAUCCUAGGUUUUAAGCUGAGCAGGCAAACGUCGGCCUUUGCUGGGGGCUCUGCAGCUGGACAGCGGAGGUGGGAGUCGGUGCCACGGGAUGCCUCCAGCCCCGCCUAGCUGGCUCCAUUUCAGCUUCCCGCCUUGGGCAUCAUGAGUUACUUCCUGUCUUACUGCAAAGCUCAUGGCAGCUCUCUUCUCACAGGCUACCAGGCCCUACGUGCUGAGGGCUUCUUGUGUGACGUGACACUGGAGGCCGAGGGCAGUGAGUUUCCAGCACACAGGUCACUUCUGGCAUGCUCCAGCGACUACUUCAGGGCCCUGUUCAAGAGUCACACUCAGGAAUCACGGGCUCAUGUAAUUCACCUGCAUGUGCCUUCUGCUACUGGCCUGCAGCGCCUGCUGGACUUCAUCUACACCGCCUGGCUGCCCCUCUCCAUGGACACUGUGGAGGACACCCUGGAGGCCGCCAGCUACUUGCAAGUCACGGAGGCCUUGGGGCUGUGUAGCCACUACCUGGAACGUCAGCUUGCCCCAGAGAAUUGCUGCUUCACUGCCAAUGUGGCUGCUCGCUUUGGCCUGGCUCGCACCCUGGGUGCAGCGGAGCGCUGCAUUGUGCAUCACCUGCGGGAGCUGCUACUGAUGGGCGCUGGCCCUUCGGGGCUGUUGGAACUCAACCCUCUAUCAAUGGAGGUUGUGUUGAGUGCCGCCGACGUGGCACGGGUGGCUGAGACGCGGCUGCUGGGCCUGGCACUAGCCUGGCUGAGGCAGGAGCCCGCAACACAGCGCCUGGCUCACAGUUCAACACUGCUUGGAUGUAUCCGCUUUGGCUUGGUGCCCACAGGUGUACUGAGGCGCGUGUACUCAGGAUCCGGGCUUACUUUACCUACCAGGAUCAAGGACCUCAUCAUUCAGGCCCUCAAUUACCACACAACACCUUCCCGCCAGCCGCUCCUGCAGGGAGAACAGACUAGUGUUCGGAGUCCCCAGACCCGCAUCUUGCUGGUUGGUGGUCUCAGAGCUAGGGAGACUGUUACUGAGGAAAUUGUGGUCCUACCAGAGGUAGUUAGGAAUCGGAGCCCUGUACCUGAGCCGGAGGAAGAGGAGGAAGGAGAGAUGGAGGAGAAGGAGUGGGAGCUCACCCAGGACGUGGUGUCCUUCGACGUGUACAACCACAGCUGGCACAACCUGACCCGGCUGCCCGCACCACUGCUAGGCCACAGUGUAUGUACCAUGGGCAACUUCCUAUUCGUCCUCGGAGGGGAGAGCCUUUCUGGCAGUCCAUCUAGCUCCCUGGUGGACGGCCCAAGGUCGGUCACGGCCUUAGUGCACCGUUAUGACCCGCGCUUCCACACUUGGACAGAGGUGCCCGCCAUGCGAGAAGCGCGAGCCCACUUCUGGUGUGGAGUGGUAGGCGACAGUCUCCUGGCCGUUGGGGGCCUAGGCUCCUGUGGCGAGGCACUGGCCUCAGUGGAGAUGUACGACCUGCGCAGGGACCGCUGGGUGGCAGCUGGGGAGCUGCCUCGGGCACUGCACGGUCACGCGGGUGCCGUUGGGGACCACGGUGUUGUGUACAUCUCCGGGGGCAAGACAGGGAGAGGAGAAGGAGGCACAAGCAGCCUCCGGGAUAUGUACUCCCUCAGCCCUGGAGAGAGGGCAUGGAGUAAGAGGGCACCCAUGGGCACAGCUCGCUAUGGGCAUUACCUUGCGGUGCUGCGAGGUGCAGUGUUUGCCUUUUUAGGAAGAUAUGAGCCCUUCUCUGAGAUCGAACGCUACGACCCCAGCACAGACCAGUGGACUCGGUUGCGGUCACUACCUUACGACCGAUUCUGCUAUGGACUUGCUGUGGUAGAAGAGACAGUGCUGCUGCUGGGUGGUCUCAAGUGGCGGGAUUCACGCCAGGUGCCAACCUGUAAUGUAGUGGGCUAUGACCUUGACCUGGACCGUUGGGAGGACAUAGGCUGUGUGCUGCCCUGGGCGUGGAGUGGCCUUCGGUGCGCAGUGCUGCAGCUGGCAGAGGGUGGGGAGGAGAAAAGGGAGGGAGAGCCUGGGGAGGUACUAGAUUUAGUGUUGAGUUGAACAGGUGAGUCCAGUCUUCAGAGGAGCCAAGAGAAAGUUGUUCUUGACCUUGCCUGCAGAGCUAAGACCCACCCCCACCAAGAUUGGGACUCUGAUAGACCAAUUCUGAAGGGUAAGGAGGCAAACAUGACUUUGGCCAAAGAAUAACUAUUCCCCUUUAACCAAAUGGCAGUCAGGAACGGUCAAAUGCAGUGAUAUGAAACAGCUUUAGUUAAUUACAGACUUUUCAGAAAGAGACUCACCCUGUGCUAGAGGAGGAAUUUAGAAGUAAAAUAGGACCUUAUUUCCCUCCUAAAGUGUUUUCCAGGUGCCUGUAAUUACUUUCAUGACUUCCCUCUAAAAAAGUACGACUAGUUACACACAAAUCACAGAAAAUUGUUGGCUAUAACAGCUCUAAUAGUCCCACAUGACAGUAUUACCUGAUGAAAUUGUGAGUGAGUGUGUGUGUGUGCACACACGCGUGCAUGAGAGCCUUGCUUAAAUGGUGUGGAACAGUUGUACGGAGGAGAAUUAUUUUUAUAGUGCAGGGCCACGGUUAUAGAUCUGUUCUAACAGUUUCAUAUCGAAACGGAACUGAGAAGGAAAAAAAUCUUGGAAAAAGCAUUUCUGUGAGAAACUAUUCUUGGUUAAUUUUGAAUUUUUGCUUCUGUUCCUUACCCAUCUGCUUUCUCACUGGUUAGAGGCAGCUUUAUAGUUUAGACAUACUUCAGCAACCCCUAACCACAAAAUGCUACAUUUGUCAAAAGAAAAUGAGCUUAUUUUUAGUGGUUUGCUCCCUCCAUCGCCCAAAGGCUCACAGAAAAGGAACGAGUAGGUGAAGUCUACAUGGUUAGGUCAGGUCAGUGGGAAGGCAGCUUAGCUUGAGUUUUCAAGGUCUCACAGGAGACCUUGGUAAGCUCUGAACAGGUGUUACUUCUGGCUUGUACUAUCAGUGAGGUGGCAAAGUGAGAACUUGUAAGUGGGGUGGUGGUAGUGAGGGUGGCUGUGUGAUUAGAUCACAGAGAAAUGUGGUAAGCCCUCUGCAUGAAUAAAGUAGGGCUUUAUAAGGGUUCAGUAAGAGCUGGAUUUAUUUGACUUCAGUUUACAGUGCUGCCUCUCUCCUAGAUUUGAAACUAAUGCAAUAAAAUGUACAGAUAUAUAGUGUUAAAAGGUCUCUUUCAUGCUAGGCUAGUCACGAGUCUUGUAAAAUUCAUUAGUUUAAUUUUUACCAAUCAAGUAACAGCUGACUUUACAAAAGGAGAAGCUGCUUACUAGCAAGAGAGCUAGUUUCCCCGCCAACUGCUUGUUGUUCGCAGGCUGUCUGUCCACUGUAUACGUGACACAUCCAUCAUUUACAGAUAUUUUUAAGUGGAGAUACACAUUGGUCUAAUAAACAUCAAUAUGCCUAAACAACUGUAA